GUGUGCAAAUGAUAUUGUGGGAACGCACAUCUCCUGUCGUGGAUUUUGCAAUGCUACUUUUCAUCCCAAAUGCAGCGGGAUUGCCGAAAACUGCUUUGACGAUGUUUUAAAUAAUAAGCAGAUAUUUUGGCUAUGCAAAUCCUGCACUAAUCUGAUGUCCGAUAAGCGUCAUCGACAAGCUGUAAGAGCUGCCUAUGAGGUUGGACAGGAAGAGGUGUUAGGUGCACACAACUAAAUUGUCGAACAACUUAAGGGUGAAAUACUAACUGAGUUGAAGUUGGAGAUUCGUUCGAAUUUUACGGCCCUUAUAAAUUCUAAUUCAUUGACACCGAAGACUACUCAACGUCCAUUUGCCGAAGCCAGUCGUAACAAAGCUCGCCGUCUUUUCCCGAAUAAAGAUGGGGCUAAAUCUAAUGUCUCAUCUCUAUUACGUGGUACUGGUAUGCCUGUUUCACCAUCUCUUGGCACGAUAACAGUAGCUGAUCGUACACCGAAGUUUUGGCUUUACCUUUCACGUAUUGCACGCGAUGUUUCUGUUGACCAAAUUUCCAUUUUGGCGAAACAGCGUCUUAUCACCGAUGACGUGGAAGUCGUUGAACUUGUUGCAAAGGAUCGUGACGUAAGCACAAUGAAUUUCAUCUCGUUUAAAGUUGGAAUCAAACCUGAGCUCAAGGCGCGAGCCCUAUCUGCUUCAACAUGGCCCGAAGGAAUUCUUUUCCGCGAAUUCAAGAGCAAUCGCACCGUAUCAGCUGGAAAUUUUUGGAAACCCCUCUAUCCGCAGCCAGAUCAGUCGCCAGUUCAGGCCGAUACUCAUCAGCCUGCUUCACCAUCAUCAGUUCAAUCAGCUAUGACGGAAUAAUUCAACCACCAUCGGGACGCAUGUCCGACAAUUUGCCGUUGUUUGAACGAAGAAUAAUUUCGCCGCCAUCGCCGAGACUGCACAAACAAAUUCAAGUUGCGCUGCCAUCACCGGGACGCCUGUUAUACCGUACUACGGAAGCCCCCGAGCGCUCCGACGCAGUCGUGCUACCAGCCAGCGACCAGCUCAAUCGUCCCGGCCCUGCGUUCGGAGGUCGUGAGGGGGUCUUCCGAACUCCCUUCCCAGGCGAGUAUUUUGCUUUAAAUGACGAUCCGCUUCCUGUAAACCUUCUGGUUUCUAGCAUGACAUCGGGUACAACUCGUUCCGACGAUUUGCUGUUGUUUGGACGAAGAAUAAUUUCGCCGCCAUCGGCGAGACAACACAAACAAAUUCAAGUUGCGCUGCCAUCACCGGGACGCCUGUUAUACCGUACUACGGAAGCCCCCGAGCGCUCCGACGCAGUCGUGCUACCAGCCAGCGACCAGUUCAGUCGUCCCGGCCCUGCGUUCGGAGGUCGUGAGGGGGUCUUCCGAACUCCCUUUCCAGGCGAGUAUUUUGCUUUAAAUGACGAUCCGCUUCCUGAAAACCUUCUGGUUUCUAGCAUGCCAUCGGGUACAACUCGUUCCGACGAUUUGCUGUUUGUUUGGCCGAAGAAUAAUUUCGCCGCCAUCGCCGAGACUGCACAAAAAAAUUCACGCUGCGCAGCCAUCACCGGGACGCCUGUUAUACCGUACUACGGAAGGCCCCGAGCGCUCCGACGCAGUCGUGCUACCAGCCAGCGACCAGCUCAGUCGUCCCGGCCCUGCGUUCGGAGGUCGUGAGGGGGUCUUCCGAACUCCCUUCCCAGGCGACAUGCCAUCGGGUACAUCACGCCCCUUCAGCAUGUCGGCACGAUUGCCACGUGGCACUGACGAUUUACGGCUAUACUACCAAAACGUCAGAGGGCUAAGGACGAAAAUCGAGGACUUGUACUUGGCUGCUCUUGACGGCGACUACGAUAUUUAUGUUCUGACGGAAACUUGGCUUGAUGAUCGUAUUACAUCGAUGCAGCUCUUCGGGGAUUCUUAUGCGGUUUAUCGUGCGGAUCGAAGCGCACAUAACAGUGUUCAUGGUCGCGGCGGGGGAGUUUUGAUCACUGUUUCUUUUGCACUAGCCUCCUGUGAUUUUGGUGUAGAUAGUUCAUCAAGCAUUGAAGUUGUUUGGACGAAGAUUACUACGCAGACGAAAAGCUAUUUUAUUGGAGCUGUUUACAUUCCUCCAGAAAAGCGACUUGACUGCACUAUUACGCAGCUCCAUCUCGACUCUAUAGAACAUGCUUCUUCUCAGGCAGAUGCAAACGAUGUGAUAAUAGUUCUUGGUGAUUUCAACCAACCAGGACUGAUGUGGGUUUCUUCUGGACGUGGAUACGCUUACCCUAACCCGUUAUCCUCGACAACAAAUCCUGCCAGCCGCUUACUUCUGGACGGGAUGGCUUUUCACGGACUAAAUCAAGUAAGCACGAUUUCCAACCAUCAAUCCCGUUUUCUUGACCUUGUGUUCGUCAAUGAGAAUGCUUUGCCUGAGUGUUCUGUGAGUGAAGCUUCCAGUGUUAUCGUUCCUUUGGAUAACUAUCAUCCCGCAUUGGAAAUAUCCAUUUCCAUAAUUAGUUCAUCACAAUAUGAAGAAGCUUUAGCUGUGAAUCGUCGUAAUUUUCGCAAAACUGAUUUAGCAGCACUUCGUCGCACCCUAUCGCUGAUUGACUGGAGUGUACUACUUGAUCAAGUUGAUGUAAAUGCUGCAGUCGAUCUCUAUAACCGAUUACUCAUUGACUGUGUUGAAAAAUCCGUGCCAGAAUAUCAACCUCCCAAGAAGCCUCCAUGGUCUAACGCCAUGCUUCGGAAUCUGAAACGCACCCGCGCCAAAGCCCUACGUGCGUACACAAAUCGUCGAUGCCCUAUUCUCAAGCGCUUUUUCGCACUCGCCAGUAAUGAGUACCGCUGUUACAAUAAAUUGCUGUACAAAGGAUAUGUGAACCGCAUCCAACAAAACUUACGACGAAAUCCGAAGGGAUUCUGGGCUUUUGUUAAAACGAAGAGAAAGGAAACGGGUCUUCCGUCUAGGAUGGUCUACAAUGGCGAAGUAGAGACUACAG